AUGGCAACACCAGCGGUUGAGCCCGAAAUCGUCUUGUACGACCUGGCUUGCGUCAAGAACAUCUGCUUCUCGCCCAUUGUCUGGCGCAUCAGGCUGAUGCUCAACUAUAAGCGGAUUCCUUACACGACUGUGUUCCUCGAGAUGCCAGAUAUUGAGCCUACGCUCAGAGAGCUCGGCCUCCCUCCCCAUGACCCAGCCUCUGGAAACAAGAGCAACUAUACAGUUCCCGCCAUCCAGCAUCUGCCAACCAACAGUUACAUCAUGGAUUCGAAAACCAUUGCAGAAUUCCUCGAGUCAACGUAUCCAGAUCCUCCGCUUCAGCUCACUUCAGAGCUGGGCCACGAGAUCGAGCUCCAGCUCCGAACCUUGAUCGCCCCAACGCUGUACCGGUCCAUCAUGCCGCGAGAGGUCAAACUCCUCUCGCCGCGAGCGCAAGAGUACUUUCGCCGUACUCGCGAAGCGCAGCUCGGCAAGAGGCUAGAGGACCUGCUGGUUGGUGAGGACGAG